UAUCUAAUAAGAACACUGAAACAUUUGUCUGGCUCUUCAGAGAAUGGUUAAGUUGUAUGUCUGACGUUCCUUCAAAAGCUAUAAUAACAGACUAGUGCAGAGCUAUGCAAAAUGCCAUUGAAGUUGUCUUUCCAGAAGCUCGACAUCGUUGGUGCUUAUGGCAUAUCAUGAAGAAAAUUCCUGAAAAAUUAAGAGGAUAUGCCCAAUAUGAAUCCAUCAAGCUUGCUUUGCAAAAUGCAGUUUAUGAUUGCUUUACAAAACAUGAAUUUGAUGAAGAAUGGGAAGCGAUGAUUGGUAAGUUCAACCUAGAUGAUAAUGACUGGUUGGGGGUAUUAUACAGUGAGCGACACAGGUGGAUUCCUGCGUAUGUGAAGGAUGUUUUUUGGGCUGGCAUGUCGACUACACAACGAAGUGAGAGCAUGAACGCAUUUUUUGAUGGAUAUGUGAACUCAAAGACAACUUUAAAGCAAUUUGUUGAACAAUAUGAUAAUGCCUUGAGAAGUAAGGUUGAGAAAGAGAUGAAAGCAGACUUCAAAUCUCGAAACAAAUUGUAUGAUUGCUUAACGGUAUAUGAGUUUGAAAAGCAAUUUCGUACAGCCUACACGAAUGCAAAAUUUAAAGAAGUGCAAGUAGAAUUGAAACGGCUAUUGUAUUGUCGUGCGAAUCUUGUCAAAGAAGAGGGAGCUAUUUGUACUUAUCAUGUCAAGGAGGCUGUUCUUGUGGGUGAGAAAAUGAAGACUGUGGAAUUUGUUGUGUACUUUAAUGCAACUGAAUGUGAAUUGCAUUGUAUGUGUCGGUGGUUUGAGUUUAGGGGCAUUAUGUGUGCCCAUGCAAUUACUGUGCUACUUGAGAGGUGUAUAUAUCAGGUGCCAGAUCAAUACAUUGUAUCAAGAUGGAGAAAAGAUAUCGAAAGAGGGUACACAUGCAUUCCAACGACAUACACUAACGCCGGGGCUGUUCUUAAUGCAAAGUUGCACGACAAAUACCACAAGAUGUUGGACGAAAUCAUAGAAAUAGCUGCCAACGAUGAUGGUAAACAUGAAAUGCUUGAUCUUGGGCUGAUAGAAAUCAAGGAUAGAGUGAGAAAAGACCAAUCGGGUAGUGCGAGUCAUGCACCACCUUGUACUAGUAAUGUACCACAUUGUCAUAGUUCGUUGAGAAGUCCGUCUGCUCGUAGUACUACAAAAGCAAGCAUGUCUCGCAACAUGCUUAGUCCAAUGGUUGCUCGCCGAAGAGGACGUCCAUGUACGAAACGGAAGGUUAGCAAAGUGGAUGCAAUAGUGAAUCGGUUGAAGGGAUAGAGUAAAAAGCCUCCAAAAGUUGACCCGGUUCAUCAAUGUCAGCCUCGGAAGUUAAAUUUUCCUGGUACCAAUGAUAUGCAAGACAAUACUUAUGAUGAGCCGGCGACGCAAACUGCACCUUACUAUUUUCCUUGCAUGGAUGGCACACAACAGAGUAUGUAUGUACCGACACAGUUUAAUCAAAUGCAAACGGUGGACAAUAUUGGAGGCACAUCUCAUACUCAAAGUUCGACAAUCGGCUUCAUGGAAGAGGAGCUGCUGUCUUUGCUCCGUGAUGAAGAAGAUGCAGAAUGCUGAAUCUGAUUCCUGAUGCAUUACCUGAAGAUGGGUGACUGUUGUAAAAAAUGCUCACUGACAACUACAAAUAUGUUGUUGUAAAUCAUCUAUUUGGAGAUGUGUCCUUUUACUGUAAUGGUCAUAUUUUAUGUUCAAUGAUGGCAAAUGGAUGUUGAAUGGGCCAGAUUUUGAAUGUAUAUCUGUCAUGCUGAAAUGUAUAUAUCUGAUAGCCACAGGUUAUAUUUUAUGGUAAUAUUCCAGGCUUUGAAUCUAUGUUGAAUUUGUAUGUUGAAUCUGCUGAAUCUGCAGAACAGAAUCUGCUGAAUGAAGCAUCACAGAAUCUGAA